ACGUCCGGCCGCCGGCUUUUGGCGCAACACUUGCAGAACAAGACGAAAGCCAAUCAAAUGAAAGCCAAACCCAUUCGCAGGGAAAUCAAGUGUCACGACGAGUCGUCCGCUUCCGCCGCCAUUCCCACCAUUUCUGCGCUUCCCUUCAACUCGAAGGGCAGUCUAUUGGGCGGCGAUUGGGCCGUCGGCGAGGAAUACGACCCGAUUUGGCCGAACGAUUACGAGAAGGCGCGCGAAGAGCGGCGCGAAAAGCGACACAAAGAACAGCGAAAACCGCAGAAACGAGCGCUUGGUUUGGAUUACGACGACGAAGAGGACGACAAGUGCGACGCCGACGACGACAGCAGACGUCGUUCGGGCGCUGCCAUUGCGCCGCCGCCGUCUCUGGUGGACAGUUGUGUGGCGAAGAAGAUAAUGGCCAAAAUGGGCUACAAAGAGGGCCAGGGGUUGGGCCGCGAGGAGCAGGGGAUGGCGAGUCCGCUCCUCGUCGAGAAGACCAGCAAAAGGGGCGGCAAAAUAGUGGACGCGACGCCUGUGGCGACACCUGUGGAGUCGAUCACGGAGAUCAUGAAAACGCCGUCGAAAGUGGUUCUGUUGCGAAAUAUGGUGGCGAAGGGCGAAGUGGACGAACUGCUGGAAGAGGAGACCAAAGAGGAGUGCGGCAAAUACGGAGACGUGAUGCGCGUCGUCAUCUUCGAGGUGCCCGAAGCCGAGCACGAGUUUCCCUCAGUAGUUCGGCGGACAGUCAGUAGUUCAACGGACAGUCAGUAG